GUCAUCGUAACGUCAGAGACGACAAGUCGCUGGUGAUGUGUAUCUAAAAGAAUAAUCGUUAAAAAUCUGGCUAAUUAAAUGUUUAUUAUGUCAAUUUGUUCCUGAAAACGAAAUAAUACAUUAAACCAUGAAUUUCAACGCAUCAAGAAACGUUGGCCAAUCUGGUGGUAUCCGCAAGGCUAAGAGAGUUAGCGAUGUCUCUGCGAUGGGGGUUCCUGCACCAAGUGCUGCAUUCAAUCCAGGGCCCGCUUACAGUCCAGGCUACCCUCCUGCGGGACCACCACCACCUUAUCAGGAAGGAAUCCAGUUAGAAACACACAAUGACUUUGGAGCUCAACCUGGAGCUAAUUAUGGUCUCAUGGGUGGUUUUGUACAGUCACCAAUGGCGUCACCAGCUCAGCUUGGAUCGAUGCUGCAGCAACCUGUUGUUCAGGACAUGGCGAUGCAGUACGGCAACCAGCUGGCGGCUCAGGGUCGCGCGGUCGUGCAGCGCGAGCUCGACAAGUACGUGCCCGUGUCGCGGCUCCGGUACUACUUCGCGGUCGACACCAGAUACGUCCUCAGGAAACUGCUGCUCAUCAUGUUCCCAUACACACAUAAGGAGUGGAUGGUGAAGUACGACCAGGACACGCCGGUGCAGCCGCGCUACGACAUCAACGCGCCGGACCUCUACAUACCCUCCAUGGGCUAUGUCACUUAUGUGCUGCUCGCUGGGUUCAUGCUUGGUCUCCAACACCGCUUCUCACCAGAACAAAUAGGAAUCCAAGCAUCAUCGGCACUAGCAUACAUUAUCUUCGAGAUGAUCCUGUACCUAGUAACCCUGUACAUCACGAACACGAACACUAACCUCCGCACCCUGGACCUGCUCGCGUUCUCGGGGUACAAGUAUACCAUAAUGAUUGGUGGGCUGCUGGCCGGGCUGCUGUUUGGCAAGACUGGUUAUUACUGCAGUCUGGUGUAUAGCAGCUUCGCACUGUCUUAUUUCUUGGUGAAAACCCUCCGCCUACAGCUGCUAUCAGGUUCUCAAGGUCCCGAGCAGCAGCCUUCAUACGGGUACGCGGCGAGCCCGUACGCGGACAACUGGAGCGCAUCCAAGAGUUCAGCUGGCGGCACCAAGCGGCGCGUGUACUUCCUGCUGUUCGUGGCGGUCACGCAGCCGCUGCUCUCGUGGUGGCUCACCUACCACCUCGUACCAGCCGCCACACCACUCGCCAUGCCACCACCGGCGCCGGCGCGAUAGCCCAACCACAGUACUUAGUUCGAGAUACAAUCUUCGGCAGUUUUCAAUGAACGAUCCCAAUCUUAAUAAUCGAUCCGAACAUCAACCAAUCAAUAUAAUUCGUUUGUGAGCAUGACAAAAAAGACUUAUGAUUGGUGAAUUUUCGCGGCUGAAAAAGCGAUUCAGAUUGGUCAUUGAAAACCGUGAGUGGAAUCUGUAUUGAUGGGAUAUAAUAUUAAGCCUGGAAUAUACGUGUUUUAACACAGCAAAGGGUGGAUUUACUGGUAUCGAUAUUGUGUAGUGAAAAAAAAAUCAUAAUCCUUAUUAGCGAGUGCAAUAUGUAUUCCAGGCUUAACACGACAUUCUGAGUCCGAUGCUUUUAUGUUGAAUGCAUGGAUUUACUCCUAGAAUAAACUUUGUUAAUCAAUGGUUAAAGUAAGCAUUGUUAAGUCUCUUCCAUCUGUAUGACAAAAUAUAUUUUGGGGUUAGAGACAAUACUGAUUAAAUUAAGCAUUGAUUAAGAUUGUUUAUUAAAAACCUAUUCUACGAUUUAAUUCAUAAAAUACGAUAGUUAAACUUACAUUUUAUACUAGAAACAAUUUUUGUAAAACGAAAAGAAAUUGAAAACACAUUAAAAACAAGAUGAGAGUAAAGUCGAUUUUAAGUUGUUAAUCCUGCAGAUAGUCAUUGGAGCGUAUAGCAUUACUUACUUAUAUUUUAAUGUAAAUAUAUAAAUAUAUGAAGGCUAUGCUUUUGCAUUGUGAUUUUUGUUCAGUCCUGUGUUGUCCACCGCUAAGACCCUAUUAUUAGGGAUGAAGUACUACUUAUGUUUGAAAUCAUCAAUCUAUCCCAAUAGCUAUCUUAGAUCGAGCCCAUAAGUAGACCAAUCAAAAUAGGUUAUACGUCAUGUGUACAUCCAUUUUGCUAUUGUUCCAAAGAUAAAAUUAAAUUCAUUAUAUAAGUUACGCCGAUAGCUGGAUUUGUAUUAUUUAUCUUUGAUCAAUAUCUUUUUGCUAAACAAAAGUAUUUUAGUUUUAGUUAUGGUCCCAUAAAGACAAAUAACGAUAAAUGUACACAAGAACAUACAUCUUACAAAACAUGUAAAUAUAAAGGAAUGGGUAAGGAUGUCAUCCACGAGGUGGGUAGGCUUAAUAAAAGUCAGGAGGUCGCUGGAAGCGGGCCGCUUACAAUACAUCGAUCUGAAAUCCUUGGGGGUGGCCCAUGUUCAACAGUGGACAUCCUGCCGCUAAUGAUGAUGAGACAAAGAUGUCUAUGCCUUCCUAUAAAUAUAUGGGUGUGGUUUGUUUCAUAUAACUGAAUAUAAUUCUCCAUACUUCAAUUAAUGUAUUCUGGAACUAAAAUCUUGAAUUUUAUAGCUGGGUUUUAUAAAUAAAACUGUGUUUAGUAAAGUAACAUUUAUUUAUUUGUUUUAUAUCCAGUAAACGCUUUAAAGUAUUCGAGAAUUGCAUUUAAAAUUGAUUAUUAACUUAGUACAUAUUAUACCUGAUUAACUUGUUUAUUGCCUAAAGAUUAUAUAGCUAGCAAAAAUUAACUUAAAAUUUAUAAGUAUGAACAAAGUAUAACUUUGCAAUGUCAUUUCCAAGUAAUAUACGACUCUCCCUAACGCCUGUAUAACGUCUGUCGCGUCUAAUGCUUAUGAAAAACAUUACAAGACUACAUUACUACUGAUUAUUUUGACUUUCAGUGAAUAGUCUAAAUAUUGCCUGAAAACAAUUUUGGUACAAAAUUUAGAGAUGUUUUAAUCGUCACACAGCUAAAUACUAGUGUGAAGGUAGCUAGCCAGGCUGCCGCAUGUCCUGGCCAAAUGUUUUAUACUCCAGUGCUAUAUAAAUGCUAGUUUUAUAA